AUGCUUAGUUUCGGUCAACAGUCGGGUCUGGAGGCCGAUGAUGAGGAGGGCGGAGGCGCGACACCAGUGAGUGUUCAAAUACUGAUGUGCUUAAUGUAUAUGACUAUAUCGCUGGCGGCCAUCGGCGGUAAUGGAGUGGUUAUAUACAUCAUAUUCGCGUACAAACGCAUGAGAACUGUGACCAACUUUUUUAUCAUGAACUUAGCGAUUGGCGAUAUGCUUAUGGCCUGUAUUUGCAUUCCGUUCGCAUUUGUAUCCAACCUAAUACUGGGUUACUGGCCGUUCGGCUCCAUCAUGUGUUUGCUGGUCUCAUACGCACAGGCGGUCUCCGUCUUCAUCAGCGCCUAUACGCUAAUAGCCAUCUCUAUUGACCGAUAUAUCGCUAUUAUCUAUCCGUUGAGACCGCGAAUGACUAAAUUGCAGUCAAAGCUAAUCAUAAUUAUCGUAUGGAUUGUGGCACUACUCACACCAUUGCCCACAGCAUUGCUCUCACGGUUAGUGCCGUUACCGCCGCCGCCCCCGGAAUACAACUCCACCACCGGUUUGGCCGCCGCUCUGGUAGUGAACGAUCAGCUCUAUCAGUGCACUGAGAACUGGCCGCGAGAGGACUAUCGCUAUUAUUAUUCUAUGUUAUUAAUGAUAUUGCAAUACGGCUUCCCUUUCUCUGUACUCAUAUUUACGUAUUCAAGAAUAGCGAUCGUCGUUUGGGGUAAAAGACCCCCCGGAGAGGCCGAGGAUGCGAGAGACGCGCGAAUGGCUGCCUCCAAACGAAAGGAAUUCCUAUAUUUCCUAUUAUUUCUUUAA